UAGUAUAUAAGCAAAUAGUGAUUUUCAAAAAAAUUGCAGUAUCAGUGGUUCGUAUGCACUGUCAGGUGUCCCAUGUUGCUAUGAUGGGAAAAAUGACUUUUUUCACUAUUUUAGUUCUCUGGUUUUUAACGAAUUCGGUGACGUGUCAGCAAAAUGCCAAGAUCUGUGAUAACUCCAAUUGCUUGGCUGCGGCCAAUAUGAUAAGUUUGCUGAUGAAUAAGAGUUUCAAUCCAUGCGAUGACUUUUAUGGCUAUGUGUGCGGAGGCUGGGAAACUAAUUACCCAAUGCCCAGCAAUGUUCAUGACGUAUGGAACGUCGACGUUAUGACGGAUACCAAAACUCUGCUCGAAAUUCGAGAAAUGCUGGAAGAAGACGACUCACCAAGUGACUCGACUCCGUUGAAAUUCGAAAAAUGGUGGUACCAAGCCUGCAUGGACAUUGAUAAAAUCGAAGGGGCGGGAAUCAGGCCGUUGGAGGAGAUAGUCAACUUCUUGGGUGGCUGGCCUAUGCUCGUCAACAGCAGUGACUGGACCGAUGAGUAUCACGACUGGCAGAGUAUCCACAGCUACUAUUUGUCUUUUCGAGGCUUAGCCUCAAUUUUUGAUUUUCGAGUCGAAGAAGAUCCAAGAACCAACAAUAAGAAUAUUAUUAAUUUGAUUAAGCCAAGCGACAGUCUUUACGAAAAACUAUUGAAGAAUCAAGACGAAGUAAGGGCUACGCAAAAAUACACCGAGUUUAUUAAAACCGUUGUAAUGGCGUUCGAGAGCUCAAUGAAUAUCUUCUUGCUCGAAGACGAUGUGAAUAAGGAUAUCAGCGAUCUCAUAACGUUCGAAAAAGCAUUGCAUCAGAUUAAGGUGUCGGAGAGCGAAGCCAUGGAAUCGACGCGAUUUUAUACGAGCAUCGAAAGUUUGCAAAACAUUUACGACCAAGAAAAUAAGUGGAAAGCAACAUCUAAGAUAGACUGGUUCGCGACGUUAAAAGAUUUGUUCAGAGAUUUUGAAGACGUGAUUAUCGAUCCUUCGGAGGAGUUGCUCGUCGAUGCCAGCAGCUAUUUGCGUAAAAUAUCGGAUUUGCUUGGCGAUACUCCCAACAAAGUCAUUGUAAAUUACGUACAUUGGAAAUUUAUUUCCACCUCGUUGCCGUUUACAACAGAAGAAAUGCGCGAGCUGACGCAGGCAUUGACAAGCAAGGACGACGAAGAGGCUGGUGACAUUACGGAAAGGUGGGAAAUAUGUAUGAAGGAAUUGACCGGAGUUGGCUACAAAUACGAAUUUAUACAGAGACAUUUUUCGGAGGAAAUUCAAAAAAUGGCCGAAGAUAUAGCAGACGAGACGCGCAGUGAAUUGCUCGAUGACAUCGAACAUUCGAAUUGGCUUGACGACGAUUUGAAGGAAGAAGCAAGGAUAAAAUUACGAGCUCUCAAAUGGAACAUUGGAGUUCCUACGUUUUACACGAAGCGAGAAAACAUCGAGCACUUUUACGACGGACUGGAAGUGACGACAAGUUACUUCGACAAUGUUCACCUGGCGCGAGCCUACCUGACCAACAAGUACUUACAGCGUCUGAGACGUCAUCGAUCCGCGCAUAAGCAUCUGAGAGUCUGUCCAACGUUGGCUAAAACGAUUUUCGAUCCUUCUUUCAACACAUUAGUAAUGACGGUCAAUCAAUUGAAUGUCCCUUUUAUCCACCCGUCGUUGCCUCUGCCGAUUAAUUACGGCUACAUGGCACCUACUGUUGCUCGUCUAAUAUCGAGGACCAUUGAAAAAGAAGUGAAUACAAACCAAUACGUGACACCUUGGUCAAGCUACUUUGGUGAGAUACCCAAGCGUUACGCAGCCAAGACAUCUUGUUUUUUGGAGCAAUACAACAAUCAUUCGAUAGGUCCGCAGACUCUUGACGAUAACAUUUACGACUGGAUCGGCUUGACCGUAGCUUAUCAGGCCUACCAGCAGGAGAGCACGAGACACGACUCGGUGGAUAAACUGCCAGACAUGGAUGAUUUUAACGCCGAUCAGAUAUUUUUCAUCUCGUUCGCGCUCAAAUAUUGCCAGUCAGCGACACCCAAGUACCUACAUGAACACGAGCUGAGGCUCUAUACGCCGAACGACUUUAAGGUCAUAUUGACGCUAUCGAAUUCUGAGGCGUUUGCCAAAGCUUUUGACUGUCCGCUCAAUUCACCGAUGAAUCCUCAAGUUAAAUGUACUUUGUAACAAGUUAUUGAAUAAAGACAUUUAUUUUUGUAGUCCAAAUA